AUGUCGCCCGAAGAGAUGCCCCUCCUCCAAGACGGGGCGCUGCAGGCCGGCGCCUCAGGCACAAUAGGCGCCGCCGAGUCCGGCCCGGGCUCCGGAAAGCCGCGACUGCCGCAAAACAUCGGACACCGGGGCUACAAGGCGGCGUUCCCGGAAAAUUCCAUGGCCGCCUUCCACGGCGCCGUGGUGGCCGGCGCACACGCGCUCGAGACGGACCUACACCUGUCCCGCGACGGCGUGGUCGUACUGUCCCAUGACGCGACGCUCAAGCGGUGUUUCGGCAUCGACACCAAGAUCGCCGACUGCGACUGGUCGUACCUGCGAACGCUACAGACGCUGCAGGAACCGCGCCAGGGCAUGCCCCGGCUCUCGGACCUGCUCGAGUGGCUGGCCCGGCCCGAGCUGGCUUCCGUCUGGCUGCUGCUGGACAUCAAGACCGACGACGACCCGGAGGUGCUGCUGCCCGCCAUCGCGAGGACCGUCGCCUCCGUCCCGCCGUGGGAAGGCGGGAAGGGCUGGAAGGAGAAGAUCGUCGUCGGGGCGUGGAAUGAAAACUACAUCCACCACGCGCGCCUCCACCUGCCCGGCCACGCCCUCGCCUACAUCGGCUUCUCGCUCCUCUACGCGCGACGGUUCCUUUCCGACCAGCACCCGGACGUGCACUUCAACCUAUUCCAGCCGAGCCUGGUAGGCCCGCUGGGGGCGGCGUUCCGGCGGGCGGCGCGCGAGCGCGGCCGCAAGCUGUUCGUGUGGACGGUCAACGAGGAAGAGUGGAUGGAGUGGGCGGUGCGCAAGGGCGUUGAUGGUGUUAUCACGGAUGAGGUUGGGCGGUUGAGCGGGGUGCUGGAUCGGUUGGGGGCUGGAGCUGGGGUUGGGGGUGUUGUUGUUGUCCCUGGGGCCAAGUGGCCGCAUGCAUUGGGAUUGUAUGCCCGGGCCGUGGUGAUGCAGGCCGCGGCGCUGGUGUUUUCGCUGUUGCUGUGGCGCCGGCUGAGCACCAUGGGUUCGAGGAGGAAGCCUGGUAGUGUGACGGUGCCUGGAAAGCCGUGA